AUGAAUUUACUAGACAUAUUAUCAAAAGAUCCUCCAACAUCAAUUUAUAAUGAAAAUAAUAUAGAAAGUGAACUAUCAUUGAAUAAUAAUAUAAUAUACUUACCAACUUAUUUAACUGAUAUACAAAAUUUAUUGAUUAAAUUAAUUUUUCAAAUUUUCAGUAACGAUUUAUUGAAUGAGUUAAAGGCAAAAAAGAUGAAAACAAGUAUUAAUAAUUUAUUAGAAAAUAAUAUAAUUAAUCAAGAAUCAAAUAAUAAUAUUGAUAAGAUUAAUCUUUGUUUUGAUCAAAUUUCAUGUAUAACAAAUCAUCCUUCAUUAUUAAUUGAUCAUUUUAUACCGAAAAAGUUAUUAUUACUGGAUACAAUUCAAAGACAAAUUAAUGUUAGUGGGAAAUUUCAUAUUUUUGAUAGAUUUGUUGAUCACUUUAUAAAUCAAAAAAAGAAAUUAUUAGUUAUUGCUAAUAAUGUCAAAGAAUUAGAAUUAAUUGAAGGUAUAAUAAUUGGUAGAGAUUUAUAUUAUAAAAAUUUCACUACUUCAAAAUUACAUGCGGGUAGAGAUGAAAUACCUAGAUUAAAGAAUAAAUUAUUUAUCAAGUUAAUUACAAGUCAACAAUUUGGUAAUAUUGGUGUAGCAGAUAGUUUUGAUUAUGCUUUUUCAUUCGACACACUGUUGACUUUUGACAGUCCAAAUAUCGGUACGAUCUACAUACCAAUACCUGUAUGUUCAAUAGAACAUAUAAUAUUGAAAAUACCGAAACCAAAUAUUAAUUUUAAUGAUGUUGAUUUGUUGAAGAAAUGGAAAUUAAAAAUUAUAAAUUUGGUUAUUUUGAAUCAUAAUGAAUUAGAAGAUUUGGGAGAUUUCUUCAUUAACAAUUAUGGUAGGGGUUUUAAAAACCUUGAACAUGUUCAUCUUAAAGAUUUCGAAACCGGGCUAGUUCUUCAAGAAAAUGAAAUUGUACUUCUGCAAAAAUUAGAUAAUAUGGCUGGUAAUAUUUAUCCUAUAGAUACCAAAAUGGAGUGUAAAGUUGCAUUGGCGAAAUAUAUCAAUGAUCAAAUCUCUAGUUAUGAUAAGGAAAUUGAAAAUAUUGAAAUGAAAGAAUUACCAGUGAAGAGAUUAAAUGAGUCCAAAAGACAAGUAGAUUAUGAUAAUGAUGAGGUUUUAAUACGAGAGAAGUAUAUCACAUUGAAAAAAUUAAACGUUGAAGCGUCAACGCUGGAAAAAAAUAUGAAUAGAGUCGAUCAAAAUCAAUUAAAACUACAAGAGAAGGAGUCUGAUUUAACUAAUAAAUUAAAUACACUUGAAAAGGGAGAAUCCGAGCCCGAACAAAAGCGAAUACUAGAGGAGUUAGAAAUUGAGAAUAAAUUAAUGGAAAGUGAAUAUGAGACAUUAAAUAAAGAAUGUGAAGAAAUUAGAAAUAAUUAUCAAAAUGAAUCCUUAAAAGCUGUUCAAUUAUCAAAUAAAUUAGCCAAUCUCAAGGAACAGUUUACAAAAAUUAAUAAUAAGAUAAACAAUGUAGGUUUUAUUCAAUUACCUAAAUUAAUUAAUGAUGAUGAUAUUAAAAAUUAUGAAAUUCAAUUAAACAAAUUAAAAAGUCAAAAUCAAUUUAUGACAAAAUAUUAUAAUGAUAAAAUUGAUAAAAUAUAUCAAGAAAGAAGUACUUUGGUUAAAGAUAGUUCAACUGGUGGCUCAACAAGUAGACCUAGUAAUAGAAUUAGCCGUGGCUCAACGCCAUUGAUAUAG